AUGGCCGACGACAGCACCAACAACACGCAGCAACCCGCCGUCGACGAGACCCCCAUCUCGCCCUCUCGCGGCGACCGCAAGAACUCCCUUGAGGCACACCUCCAACACCGUCCCGACCGGGCGGAACUCGUCGAGAAGAACAUCCUUCCCGCAUCCAACGCCGCGCCGUCUUUGAUCGCCCACCAAAAGGAGCUCGAGAUGCACAUGCGCGCAGACUCCCUCAACGACAAGCUCUCCCACCGUCCCGACCCCCAGGAGCUCGUCAAGGAGGGCGUGCUCAAGGAGGACCCGCGCACCGCUGAAGACAAGUACGCCGAGGCCAUCGAGGACGAGUACGCCAAGCGUGAGGGUGGUGCUUAA